GUCACAGUGCAGCGCGUCCUCCUCCAGCAGCUUGGGCCUGUCUGUGUGUGACAGACAGUUUUUAUAUUUUCAGAAGGAUUUGGUGGGAUUUCGGUGCAUCAGUCCGGUGUCAGCUUGCAGGAGACAGUCUGUAUCAGCGCUGAGACUCACCGGCUGUCAUUCAGCGAGACGGCCGAGCACUGGUGAGCGCCGACAGGCUGUCAUCCCUCUGGUUUGUUCCACUGACGUGCCGAAUUCCGUUUAGCAGUUUCGGAAGUUAAAGAGUACCUGCUUAUAGUGAGAAGUCUGUGACUGAACUCGAUGAUGUUUGUGUCCGGAUGCAGGAGGUGGAGCAGAGUCUGCAGCAGAAUGAAUAUUGGUUCUAAGAAUAAGAAGCGGGUGGUGCUGCCGAGCCGUCCUGAACCCCCCACUGUGGAGCAGAUCCUGGAGGACAUCAACAGAGCCGCUCCCAGCGACCCGGUCUUUAGCAUCCUGGAGAGGACUGGACAAGACUCGUCCCGGCUGUCAGACAGUGAUGUGGACUUGCGGUUCCAGCAGUGUCGUCAGUACCUGGAUCUGAAUGAGCGGCUGCAGGAGGCUCGAGGUCGGCUGCUGCAGCAGAGGGAGGAGCUGCGUGCGGCGGGGGAGCAGCUGCAGAGCAACGUGGCGGAGGUCAAAGGUCAAACACUCUGACUCUGUACUCUCCUCUGGCACAGACUGUUUCAGUGAAUCAGGUCAAACCUGCCCAACUGCCCAUGAGCCAGACACUGAAGGUGCCUCAGUGUUGGCUGACCUCUGACCUCUGACCCCACAGCUGCAGAGUGUGUGUGUGUGUGUGUGUAUCAACUGUACAGAGAACAGUGAAUGAUGAGGCCGACAUCUCGACUGACUCAUUACUUUUUCAGUAAAUCAUAGAAUAAACAAAAUAUCAACAUAAAUGAAUAAUAACCAGAAAACGAAUGAUGUCAAAAUAAAUAUUUUUCCUGGACAUCAGUCAGUAAAAACUGUCAAGCUGAAAACACAUCGGCACCACUGCAGCACAGUGCGUCAUGUGACGUGUGUCAAAUGUCGCCCCAAACACACACACUGCACAUGUCGCACUGCAGCUUGUCAACAAACGACCACACAAAGUUAUCUGAACUUCCUGCGCCUCUGCGAUAGAUUAAAAUCAUGUGUGGACAGCUGCUAAUUAAAGUUGACUUCACACCUGAAGAGCUGAUCUUCAGAGCUGUGACUCAGCAGGAAGUAUCUUCUUGGACCUUGCCUUUAUAAUGACAGGAUUGUGGGUUGUUUAUCUUGGGAUAUUUCUCAACCUCAACAACGAGUCUCUCCUCAUCCGUUCUUCAUCACACACCAGACACAUCAACAGAGUGCUCUUUAUACAUCCAUGGUGAGGAGAGGAGUCGAGCUGCUACAGGAGCUGGUCUGUACCAGCAGAGAGCGAGUGAAGGAAAUUAAUUUAAUUCAGGGGGCGGCAAGGCUGGAAAUAGGACAGUGGUGUGAGGUUCUGUGGGGUGGCGUGAAGUUCAGCACUGACAUGUCAAGCUGCCACCGGUGUGGAGUUGUACACUGAAAAUAACUGGGGCGUGUAUUUUGACACGUCGUUCAGCGUUGGUGUGUUUUGGCCUUUAAAUCACUCAUUCAUCAGAGUUUUGGUCGAAUCAUGUUCUACAAAAAAAACCUUUCACAGUUAUAAGACACCAACACACUAAUUUUGUUUCUGGGGUGAAACAUUGUUUUUAAAGGAUUUAUAUGUAUGAAAUAAACAUGAUUUAUAAAAUA